GACUGUAAAGAAAAAAAGUUUUCCUUUUCUGUGUUUUGGGGAGGAGGGGAGUUUAUGGGGGGAGGCUAAACGAAGCGUGAAGCAUAACAGUGAGCGGGACAAAGCCGCAGGUACCGUGAAGAGAAAGGGCAGCAGCACAAGAAGAGCAGGACGUGCUUUGGUGAGAAACUGCACGAUUUGCAUCCCAUAAAACCGAGACAAAUUGAUGUUUUCUGCUGAUGACAGGAGCCGAUUACGUGGACAAAGCCAAAAAGGAGGUGAAGUUGGGACUGCUUUUUCUUUAAAAUGCAGAGAUAAAGAGGCGUUUUGUUUUUAUCGCUCUCUUUUGGGGAGGUUCUUAUGACUGCGGAGCUACCGAAUCCCUCCAGAAUCUUUUUCUGGGAGUAAUUCGCUGACUGGGUCUCUGUCCCCUUCACUCGCUGCUGGCUCUGCCGUGGUCCUGAUCUUCCAGAGGGUGGGUGAAGGAAUUCUCUCGGGCUUCACCGUAACGCGCUUUCUGCUCGAUUUGUUUAAAAAGAGCGCGCGCAAUGCAGCCAGUCGCAAUGCUAAUGGAUGGGAAUGUGUCGAGGAUUUCUGAAAUCAGGUUUAAAUCGGCGCUGGAGGAUUGAGCGGUAAAUCGGAGUUACAGUACUGUGGGGCUUGUGGCUCUCAGCAUGAAAACCUGGUGCAGCGCCUUGGCGCUUUUCGGGUGGAUACUUGUAGCGCUAGAUGCCCAGUUCGUCUGCUGGCAAGCUCUCCUCAGAUGCCAGCAGGAGAAGGACUGUGAACUGGCGUAUAACCAGUACCUGGCCGCCUGUGAAGCUAACAUUAAAGGGAAUAGGCGACAGUGCCCGAGUCACUGCAUCAAUGCCCUGAUCAGGCUCAAUCAGACACGUAAUGGACCGGACCUGGAAACCUGUGAGUGCGGUCAGGACGCGCAGUGCCGGAGGGCGAAGAGAGCCAUCGAGCCCUGUCUGCCGCGGAGGUACCCCGGCGAUGCCGCCGGGAUUGGGUGCACCGAAGCCCGCCAGCGCUGCGAGGACGAGCCGGGCUGUCAGUCCACCCUGACAGCCUACCUCUCCAACUGCGGGCAGCUGUUCAACGGCCGGAAGUGCACCGUGAAAUGCAAGAGCACUAUCCAGCAAAUGCUGUAUAUACCCAGCGGGGUUCUUCUGAACCGCUGCGUCUGCGACGGCGUGGAGAGACCCUUCUGCGAGGUGGUGAAGGAAAACAUGGGGAAGUUGUGCUCUGUCGGCGACCACGGGGUCUCCACGUCCUACGGCGACACGGACGAUUUGUACGAGGACGAGGACUAUGAGCUGAAGGUGGACAGGGAGGAAACGGACUCGGAGUCUGCAGGCUCCUUCUCCAGGUGCUCCCGGUCAUCCCCUCUGCUUCCACUGCAGCUGUCACUGCUGCUGGCUUUGCGCUCGGCUGGAGUGUGCUAAGGACACGCAGGACGGGUCUUUCCAAAUGUAACCUGUUCUCCGCGCACGGAGAGCGGGCUGCUGUACGCGCCUGGUGUGGGGACACAGUCGUGCCGGCUGGGAUUACAGAAAUUCCGAACAGAGGGAGAGGGGAGUGACGCGACCGCUUUAUUUUCCGACACUGUUAAGGAAUUAUUGGAAAACAGGGAGUGUGUCCAGACUUGGGAAUUAAGCAGGAUUCACGGCAUUUAGGAUUGCCAGCACUGGGUCGGAUAGAGCUGUCAUGCUCCCGGAGCUUUUGGAAUAAACUGCUUUUAAGCAGCUGAAGGAUGGCAGCAAUGUCUUGAUGAGCUAUCUCUGUACCGUUCUAUCUCUCUAUCUCUGAUCGUUCACCUUGCACACGCUGAGGCUCGCUUCGGCCUCUAAUGUGCAGGAUAAAGAGAGUAUAGCCCUAUGUUCAAUCAUUAUGUUACGAUACAACUUCUAAAAGAAGUGAAUGAAAACCUUAGAAGGGCUCCGAGCUGGAGAGGAGGAUGCCAAUUAACGGACGUGUUGCUCUGACAGCCAAAUGAAACGGCGGCCUGUUUAUUUUUCCUGUAGUGGCCUUUACUGUCGGAGCUUUAUUAAGACUUUAGACAAACAUUGGAGAGUUGACAUUUCUGUUUGCUCUCCUUCUCUAGACACUCCAGUGCAGGGUAUUGUGGUGAUCACACUUCAAAUAUUUGUGGUGAACCACAAGAGAACAGGCAAGAGGGUUUGGGAUCAAGUAGUUAAAUUAACUGAAGUGCUUUCCAAAAGACCUCCUCCCCCCGCGUCCGCUCAGGCCUUUUUAUUGAAAAACACCCAUCAUUGACAAGCCCCUCUCCUCCGCCCCCUUUCGUUUAGCUUCAGGAAGGGGGUUAACUGGAAGGCUGGCGGCCCGGCCGGGAUGAGGGUGGGAAAUUGUAGGCGCUAUUGUUGUUGAAAGUUGGGAUUCUGGAAUAUUUAGCCGAGGCCACAGCGCAGAGGACGCGAGCUUUCCCUGUGCCCUCCCCCAUCUCUUUCCGAACGUGUCCUUUCAAAAACCUUAAAACUCAUCGCCACUUUCAUCUCCACGGAGAAUUUAAACCUCCGCGCCGCAGACGUGACAUUAUGACACGGGCAGUGUGGCUUUGCAGGCCGGAAGACAGUGCUGUAAAUAAGCCCACUGGACGAGUCGGGUAAACGGCCCUGGUGCUCUCAGAGGUACAUCAAUAAUCGCAAUGGUUAUUUAAAUCGACAUAUCAGUGCAAAAGAAGGCCAGUUGACAGAAACGGUUGCAUUUACAAUAUCUAGAAAGCUAUUUUCCUUAGGGGGCGUUACAGUUCUCAACAAAAAUAAUUGUAAGUGAGUCCAUGGUAUAUUUAUACCUUCAAUAAUAGCGUUUUCAAAUAAAAAAAAAACGUGUACUUUUUGUACAGUCGUAUUUGGCCUUCUGUCAUUCCAUAUAGCAUACCAUGCAUUUAAACCCAUAAAUGCAUUUAAGAUAAAGGUAUUUUUAUGUUUUAUUUUUUUAAUGAAGGAUUUUCCUAAUGAAGUUGUGAUUGGUUUAACGUAAUUUGUGAAUGUGUACAUUUGUACGUAUCUUCGUCUACAAAAUAUUUUCUGUACAGACAAAAAGAGUUAUUUAUGUGUUAUUGAGAGUAAAUCAAUAAAAUUAUGCUGUUAAUAAAUUGUGUUACAGGUUCUUUUUAAUCCAGGUUAAAGAACUGGCUACAUAUUAUGGUACACAAGUUAGUAUAAACUACGUAUGUCGUCUACUUUUAUAGCAGGCUCUUGAGAGUCGAAAGUAACAGAUUUUGGCGCUGCAGGUCGAGCUGAACUUAGAAACGGACUGCAGAAGAUUAGCAAUUAGUCACACUACCUCAAAUGCUCUAAUGAAGUAAUUGUACACACAUGCGCUUACCCCUUGAAUUGUGAAAUGGCAUAACUGUCUUUUCGGUAAAUACAGUAGGAUGGUAUUAUAGAAUCAGAAUUGGAAAAUCGGAUUGAUUUGCUAGAAAAGCGUAGCAGAAUGUGCCAUCUUGUUUUUAUCAGAGCAGUACUCUAGAAAAAUGAAAUAAUUCCCAAGUUGUGUUUUCAGUCCAUACAGUCAGUGCUCUUUACUCCUGCUGUUCUCAUACUUGUACUGUGAGCAAUAAACUUCA